AUGGAUUAUCCACGAUUGGCUUCUACGAAACAGCACGUGAAGCAGAAAAUGAAGCCUACUGGAACAUUAGCAGCAGCCACUCUCGAUCAGGAUGGAGACAAAUUUGGUAUACAAUUGGAAGCACAAGCAACCACCAUAACGGAUUUGCAGCAUAAUUUUAUUUAUCCAGGAAGUGGUCAAAUACAGCUGUGGCAAUUCCUCCUUGAAUUACUUUCUGAUACACAUAGUAAUGCGCACUGUAUCACUUGGGAGGGCCAAAAUGGUGAAUUCAAAUUGUUAGACCCAGACGAAGUGGCUAGAAAAUGGGGCGAAAGGAAAAGUAAACCAAAUAUGAACUAUGAUAAGCUUAGCCGUGCUUUGCGAUAUUAUUACGAUAAAAAUAUCAUGACAAAGGUCCACGGAAAACGUUACGCCUACAGAUUUGAUUUCAACAGACUGGCACAGUCUUGUCAAAGUAACUGCAGUGGUGAAUUGGUGUCAGCAGUCACAACAUCGGCGCAGCAAUAUCGACCUUCACUGACAAGCUAUCAUCCCCCUCAAUUCCUGCUUCAACAUUAUCAUCACUCGAUGCCCAAAAUGCGUUCUGCUGGUGUGUCGUACGCGCCUUUCAUUCAGCCGGCAAUUUCAGAUAAGCGGUCUGCACAUCUCAUGCGACCGUACUGGCCAGGAACGAUUUCGACCGGCAGCUGUGGGUAUACGUCGACGGGAGCUUACUGCGGAACACAGCCAAGGUCUUUUAGCCAUUUUCUGCCCUGA